GUCCCCGGCCACGCCGAUGACUACUGCAAACUGCGGCGCCCACGACGAGUUCGACUUCAAGCUCAUCUUCGGGGAGGACGGGCAGCCGCCGCCGCCCCCUCCCCCGGGGCCCGCAGAUACUGAACCAGCUGACUGUGCAUCCAUUUACAUCUUUAAUGUAGAUCAAUCUCCAUCAACUGUAAACCAGCCAAUUUGUAUUCCUCACCAUGGAUUACAGUCUCACACCUCCGUUUUGUCACCACCUCUUCAGCUGCAAGGUCACAAAAACUAUGAAGGAAUUUGUGAGAUUCCUGAAUCUAAGUAUAGUCCACUAGGUGGUCCCAAACCCUUUGAAUGCCCUAGUAUUCAAAUUACAUCCAUUUCUCCCAGCUGUCAUCAAGGAAUAGAUGCUCAUGAAGAUGGACUGCACACAAAUGGCUCAGAAGGUGAUUCUUUGGAAAGACCUUCUAGGGAUCACCUCUAUCUUCCUCUUGAGCCAUCGUACAGAGACUCAUCCCUCAGUCCAAGCCCAGCCAGCAGCAUCUCUUCCAGGAGCUGGUUCUCAGAUGCUUCUUCUUGUGAGUCUGUCUCUCAUGUUUAUGAUGAUGUGGAGUCUGAGCUCAACGAAGCUGCUGCCCGAUUUACACUUGGGUCUCCGUUAGCUUCUCCUGGUGGUUCUCCAAGAGGUUGUCCUGGUGACGAAUCUUGGCAACAACAGUAUGGAUUUGGACACUCGUUAUCGCCUAGACAGUCUCCUUGUCAUUCUCCUAGAACUAGUAUCACUGAUGAAAAUUGGCUUAGCCCUAGACCAACAUCCAGACCUUCAUCAAGACCUACCUCCCCAUGUGGGAAGCGACGACACUCCAGUGCUGAGAUUUGUUACGCUGGUUCACUCUCACCUCAUCAUUCACCAACUCACUCUCCUGGUCACUCUCCCAGGGGGAGUAUAACAGAAGACACAUGGCUAAGUACUUCUCUCCAUGGUGUGCAGAGCCUGAGUCCUGCACACUUUUCGUUUCAGUGCUGUGUAGAGACUGACAUCCCUCUAAAAACAAGAAAGACUUCUGAGGAUCAAACUGCCACUUUGCCAGGAAAAAUAGAUGUUUGUUCAGAUGACCAAGGAAAUUUAUCACCAUCCCUAGAGACUACCAUAGAUGAUAGCCCUGGGUCUCAGCAUCCUUUAAAGAAAGAUUUGUCUAGUGACCAAUUUCUCUCAGUUCCUUCGCACUUUACCUGGAAUAAACCAAAGCCUGGCCAUACCCCCAUAUUUCGCACAUCCUCAUUGCCUCCUCUAGACUGGCCUUUACCAACUCAUUUUGGACAAUGUGAACUGAAAAUAGAAGUACAACCUAAAACCCAUCAUCGAGCCCACUAUGAAACUGAAGGGAGCCGUGGUGCAGUAAAAGCAUCUACUGGAGGACAUCCUGUUGUGAAGCUCCUGGGCUAUAAUGAAAAACCAAUAAAUCUACAGAUGUUCAUUGGAACAGCUGAUGAUCGCUACCUACGACCACAUGCGUUCUAUCAGGUGCACCGAAUCACUGGGAAGACUGUUGCUACUGCUAGCCAAGAAAUAAUAAUUGCCAGCACAAAAGUUUUAGAAAUUCCACUUCUUCCUGAAAAUAAUAUGUCAGCCAGUAUUGAUUGUGCAGGUAUUUUAAAACUUCGCAAUUCAGAUAUAGAACUUCGAAAAGGAGAGACUGAUAUUGGCAGAAAGAAUACUAGAGUGCGUCUUGUCUUUCGUGCACACAUACCCCAGCCUAAUGGAAAAGUCUUAUCUCUGCAGACUGCUUCCAUACCUGUUGAAUGCUCACAGCGAUCUGCUCAAGAACUCCCUCAGAUUGAGAAGUACAGUAUCAACAGUUGUCCAGUAAAUGGAGGUCAUGAAAUGGUGGUGACUGGAUCAAAUUUUCUUCCAGAAUCUAAAAUCAUCUUUAUUGAAAAAGGCCAAGAUGGACGUCCUCAGUGGGAAGUAGAAGGAAAAAUAAUUAGGGAAAAGUGUCAAGGGGCGAACAUUGUCCUUGAAGUUCCUCCAUACCAUAACAGAACAGUUAAAGCUGCGGUGCAGGUGCAGUUUUAUCUUUGUAAUGGCAAGAGGAAAAAAAGCCAGUCUCAACGUUUUACUUACACACCAGUUUUGAUGAAACAAGAGCAUAGAGAAGAGAUGGAUUUGUCUUCAGUUCCGUCUUUGUCUGUGCCUCAGAGUGGCAAUGUUCAAGGCUUACGUACUGUCCAGACACCAUCGCCUUCCUCAGAUCCAGGGCAACCACAUGACAGUUUAUUGCCUAGAAGUCUUGUUUGUCCCAUCCAGCAACCAUAUACAUCACUGGUGACCUCCUCAGCAUCCCAUCUGUCCCAUAUGCAAAGUAGGAACAUUAGUCCUGGUGAAGAAUGUCAUGUGAUGCCUUCUGUGCUACAUCAGUCUUUUCAAGCCACAUCAGCACCUCCUGUGAGGUCUUCCUACCAGCCUAUGCAAACUAAUGUUAUGUACAAUGGACAGACUUGUCUUCCCAUUAAUGCUGCCUCUAGUCAAGGAUUUGAUGCAAAUUCAUUUCAACAAGAUACAGCUGUACCUAAUUUAAUAAGUCUUAGCUGUCAACCUCUGCCACCAAUACAAUUUCAUUCUUCAAAUUCAGGGUCAUUGUCAACAUCUGCUCCAGGAGCAGGACAUCCCUUAGUACAUACAGCUCAUUCAGGGCAGUCACUGCCUCAGCUGCAGCCAGUGGGAUACCAUUGUUCAAACAUCGGACAGGGUCCUGUUACUUCUACAACAAGCCAGUCCUUGGGACAGCCUUCCCCUCAGUUACAACUAGGAACAUACCAUACUUCAAACCCUGGAUCUACUACAGCUUCCUCACCAACAGCCUCUCAUCCCUUGGUCCAUUCACCACUAUCUGGACCCCCAUCUCCUCAGUUACAGCCUAUGCCUUAUCAGUCUCCGAGCUCAGGACCUGCUUCAUCCCCAUCUCCAACCACCAUAACUCACUCUGGACAACCUUCACCUCAAGCACACAAUCCUGGAGUGGGAGGUAUUUCUGUAUCUUCAUCAUUAGUAUGUCAGCAUAGAUGUGAUUCAUCUUCAUUUUCACCUGAUGGAGCAGCAAUGAACAUUAAACCUGAACCUGAAGAUCAGGAAUUGAAUUUUGAAACCAUUGGUCUCCAGGAUAUCACGUUAGAUGAUGUGAAUGAGAUCAUAGGAAGAGAUAUGUCCCAGAUAUCAGUUUCAUGCGGAGCAGCAGUGACAAUUCAGCCUCGUCCUGAGGUCGCGGACUCGCUGGAUUCAGGAAUAUCAGAUGGAGUCUAGGAAUGGUGACCCUUGCAACUAGAUGUUUGUUAACACCAGUGCAUUUCGCUGAAUAACUCUUGUCUACCACCUCUUCUUUGACCUAUUGUGCUUCCAAUUCUGUGGCCUUCAUGAACUGGAACUGUGUAUUCUUUGCAUUGCCCCUUUUGUGGGUGCCAUUUUUUGACACAGGGGCAGCAUUUCUAAAUCUUAGUCCUUGGACAGUGUAUAAAUGAACUUUGUAAAAAUGAAAACAAGUAACAUAGGAUAUUUGGGCUAUUUAAAAGUGAACUUUGCUUUUUCUGCAUUUAAAGAGAAUUCUUUUGUAUUAGGGGUGCUUUAAAAGUAUGGAUGGUGUGCUCUGAUAAUCCCAAGCUGCCCUGAAUUUGAAGAUCGAAUCCGCCUUAUAUAUGCAGCUUUUUUUUAGGCAAUCUUCAUAGAAUAGUUAGGAAUUGUUCCUACUGCUUCUUGUCAGUAGAAAGACCUUCCAGCUUUGAUUUAAGAAGAGAACUUUGAAAAUAAAACCUUCCAGGGGCAAAGAGACCCACCAGCUAAAGCCUCUGCAUAAAAAUGACGUCGUGGGGGAUGUUGUAGAUUGAUAGGAAGGAAAACGAAAUGUAGCUCUGCACUUCUUUAUAAAUGUAAAGUGUUGUUUGAUAAAUUGAGAAGAGACCAUUCCAUCACUGCAGGUGUUGGGAUAGAAAUGACAUUCCAAAAUGCAAACUUUUUGUAACUUUACAGGUAAUCUUCCAUAUUCUUCUUACACAGGCUCCAUACUGAAAUUGUUUUCCUUAUUCAGAGCUUCUCUUGGAGAGCUUACAUUGACAAUCCUAUAUGAAAGUUGAGAUUUUAACUGAAAUUCUCUCAUUUUCAGACACUUUUUCUUAAGAGAAAAUAGGGAAGUAUUUGCAGAUGCUUUCUUGGUCUGUUCUUGCUAAAAUUCUUCUUUGCAAUUCACUCCUCUCCAGAGACUCCUAGUUUUCUGUAAGUUAGGCUGCACAGAAAUUCUGAUUCUGAUUUUAGGGGUUUCUUGGUGUUGACUUCAGGUUCCUCUCCUAAGGACUUAUCUAGAGGCAGUUGGGAUCACCCCACCUUUAAAUUCAAGUGUAAAAGUUGUAUUGGUAAGAGCAUGGAAAGCAUGAGAAUAAUAGGGUAAGAACUAUUUCAGAUAAAUUAGGACAAAACAAUUAAACUGUUGCCUCCUAGAAGAAUCUAAGGGGAGAUGAAUCUCUGUCAGGGGCUGCCACACAGGCUUGAAAUGGGUUUUUUUUACUUCUGUAUUCUGAACUAAUUCUAACAUUAUUUCCAUCUAUGUUAAUCACUUAAGUUUUGGUUUUUUUUUUAAUAAAUCUAAGGGGUUUUUUCUUUGGGGUGGGAAUAGUAGCUGGUUUUUGUAAACUUCACCCUUGAUAGGACAAAAUAAACAAUUUUUUAAAAACUUUCUCAGUUUUUUCCAGGUGGCAGGCACAUUGUAAAGUUAGCUUUAUCUAAGUAGGAGAACACUGUUUGGGACUCAGUUGUGUUCCCAGGGUAUUUAGUUGCCAUGGAAUGUAUUGUAAGUCAUCUUCCACUCUUAAGUAAGUGCAGCUUUAUGCAGGGAAAUUGUUUCUGCUGUGGCUGACUUUAUUUGGGGUGAUUGUCACUAACUAGUAACCAAGCAUUCUCAAUAAGGAGGCAAAGUAAUCCAUGAAGGGUGACUAGAUCUAACCUGGUGCUGAGUGCACUUUGAGAGAAGGAGACACAACAUUCCUGGGGUUUAAUGUUACAGUUCCUCAGACACUCCCCUCAGCUCUCUUCAGGAUAAAGAAGUUUGUUGUUUUUAAACAUCCUUUGUGAGUGGAAUUUUUUAGAAUGGGCUUGCCAUUCGAGAGGAAUCAUCACAAAUUAACCCAUGGUCAUUGUAGGGGACUUUUUAAAGUUAGUUUUUGUGAUUUCAAGAGUGGUUUGCUUUUUUGGAUGGUUCAGUUUUAUCUUUGAUAAAAGAUACUGUUAACCUUUUCCCUGUUGACCAGCCUGGUCCUAGGAUUCAAGAUGAAAGUCACUGGAGGGACACCCAGCUAGCUGUCUGGACUGUCCCUACCCUGGUCAUGGUUUUGCUUCCUGAAGCGACUCCUAAACCUCACCUACUGUGGGCAAGUUUCAUAACUGUGAAUAAUCUGUCAGGAAGGACCUUUAGUGGGGAUCUGUUGGAGUAAGGAACUUGUUACUCUUAGUGCACAGGGUUCUUUCUAGAGCUCCCAGGCCCAGAAUGUUGCUGGGAACCCUCUUGGUUAACCACUGUAAUAAUCCUAAGGGUUCCUCACCUAUUGAGGCGCUCUGCAGUAGGGCCAGUAUGAAAGCCUGUACAAUCCCAAGUUGCUAUGCACUAAAUUUUCUGAUGCCUUUAAAUACCUUGAUGCCUGUAGACCUACAUAAAAUAAAAAUACAGCUUUGGAUAUUAUGUAAACAUUUUUGUAUCUGCUUUUUAAAAGCUUCAGUGUAAGGGUCUUAAUAUUUUUGUGGCUUGUAUCCUAAAGACUGUUAAAAACCUUGUGCAAUGUAAUGGUGUAAGAAGCACACAACCCUCCAUUGUUGGGCUAUACAAAUGGAGGUCUUCACAGAACCCCAGGAGGGCCUGGUGACGGCCAUGGGGGGGGGGGGAGACAGCUAUUGGGACAUUAGCCACCCUGGAGGGGGGAGGAAGAGGGAAGGCACAAAAUAGGAAGCCCAUGGAUGAUCUGUGCAUUUGACAGGUGGGCUGUGAGGAAUUUUCUGAAAAACAAAUACCCAAAGCGUCCAUUAGCUUUCCCCUGGUAACCUUUUGACCAGGUCAGUGGAACUCCUUGGCAAACCAAAGAAAAAAAAGGGACUGAGGGCGGAGCUGCCCCCAUGCUUUGAAACUAUUUUUGAUAUUCAGAAUGGACGUCAUUCCUUGAGGCUUAGAGAUGGGUCCGCAAACUGUUUUAUAUUUAAAGAAAAGAUUCAUAAAACUGUGCUAGAUUAUGUUUACAGAGCUAUGUAUUGUAAUUUCAUGUACAUUUUGUAUUUCAAACAUUUUGUAAGUUUUAUGAUUGCAGUGCUACUCGCAUAAAACAAAGGGAAGAACUAGUAUUUGAGGCUUUUCAAUCAUAGUGCUGAAAUAAAUGAUGAAAGAUCAAA